CUGAAAUUUGAAGAUGAUUGGAUUCAUUCUUUGAAAAUUUGAUUUUGAACCCCUUUUUCUUUUAGUGUCAUAUUGUGAGGAGAUCAAAACCAGAGAGAAAUGAACAAAGAAAUCUCAGAUAUUGGAAUGAAUGAUCUAAACUGAAAGUUAGUUUCAAGAUUCAUAAAUAUAUAAGUGAAAAGAGCUAGGUGACUUGGAUCACAAGUAACCAAUUAUAACUAACUUUGAACUAGCUUAUUUUGGUGUAACUAACUCUAUUCUAUUAUCUAUGACUGGUAAUCUUGGUUGUUUACUAGAUGAAGUAAUACCUUCCAAUAUAUAUUCUAUUGGUUUCUUAAAUCAGUUUUGUUUUAUGGAAAGAUCCAUCAUUGUCUUUUUCUGCUAUGCGAUGUAAGUAACUCUGAGUUGAAGAUUUUGUUGAAAUACUAUUUUUCUUGAUCAUCAUACCAAGCCACUUUUUUUAGUUUUUGCUGUGAAGUUCAUGAAACAAUUUCAUAUUUUGAAGCAUUGGCUUCAUUUGGACCUCUUGUUAUUUAUUUGUAUGAAUUGUAUAAAGUAAAUGUUAACGGGUUCAUGAGAUGCAUGAUAAAAGAUUGACUUUGUAACCUCGGAGUACAAGUUCAAAUCUGAUAUGAGACAUUAUAAAAUGUUGAUUAUCAUCCAAAUUUUGUAGAGGACUUUUGUUUUAUGUCGCCUGAUGAAGAAAUUUGAGAAAAAUACCGAAGAGGAGCUGGAUACAAUGAUAUGUGACGAAGGGGAGUCGAGUAGACACAUGAGUUCUUACUACGAAAACCAAGAAACAGCUCAAGGAAUUUCAGAUGUUUUAAGUGGUACUUUGCCAGAAAUAAAUAUGCAAUCAAUAUUUGAGGAACCUUUCCAAGCAGACAAAUACUUUCCCUACUCUACUCAACAAUCUUCAAUCUAUGAAAAUGAGCCGGAACUAUUAUUCUCAAACGCACAAUUUUACAAUGCCUAUUUCAAAAAUGAAAACAAUGUUAUACAGAGCACGUUUGCAACUGUUGACGAGGAAAAUAAGUUCGUCAAUUCGAUGUUCGUUAACGGGGAUUUUGUUACUACUGAAAGCAGAAGACAAUCAUAACACAAGAAUAUAACGUGGAAAACUCCGAAGCCUCUCUCACUCUCUGAAGUAAAUAUUUAUACUACAGCUCUCAACAUGUUAAGACAAGAGUAUGAGAUAAAGAUAAGAGUAUAUAAACUUAAGUGUUUCCGACUUGUGCAUAUUGUAAAUAAGAAUUUGAUUAUAUACAACAUCGACCUCCCUCUUCCUUUAACAUACUCGGUAAUGUGAGACUUGUUCUAAGAUGUUUCAUUCCAAUCAAUUCCAACAAGUCUGUUUCCAUUUGUUUGUGAACCAUCCAUUAUGGUAACAUGAGUGUUGCCACAUUUUUGCAA